AUUAAUAUACAUAGGGCAAGAAAUCCACGACACCAUUAGCACCUUCUCUAGUUAACUUCGUUUUCUCUCUCUCUCACUCUUUCGAGGUAAUUUGCAAUGGCUGAACCUUCCAAGGUCAUUCACGUUCGAAAUGUGGGGCAUGAGAUAUCUGAAAAUGAUUUGCUUCAACUAUUUCAGCCUUUUGGAGUAAUAACAAAGCUUGUGAUGUUGCGUGCCAAAAAUCAGGCUCUUCUUCAAAUGCAAGAUAUUCCUUCUGCAGUUAAUGCUUUACAAUUUUAUGCAAAUGUCCAGCCAAGCAUAAGGGGGAGAAAUGUUUAUGUCCAGUUUUCCUCACAUCAGGAACUAACUACAAUGGAUCAAAAUCAAGCACGAGAAGACGAGUCUGCUGUCGGCAACUCUCUGGAUGCACAGCCAAAUCGAAUUCUCUUAGUUACAGUUCAUCACAUGCUGUAUCCUAUAACAGCGGAUGUGCUACAUCAAGUGUUUUCUCCCCAUGGAUUUGUGGAAAAGAUUGUAACAUUUCAGAAGUCAGCUGGCUUUCAAGCUCUAAUCCAGUAUCAAUCCCGUCAAAGUGCUGUUACUGCCAGAAGUACUCUUCAGGGACGCAAUAUUUAUGAUGGUUGUUGUCAGCUGGACAUUCAGUUCUCAAACCUUGAUGAACUACAAGUGAACUACAAUAAUGAUCGUUCAAGGGACUUCACAAACCCUAAUCUGCCUACAGAGCAGAAAGGUCGAUCUUCACAACCUGGAUAUGGUGAUGCAGCAGGCAUGUAUUCAGGAGCCAGGGCAGGUGGGUUCUCUCAGAUGGCCAAUGCUGCGGCAAUUGCAGCUGCCUUUGGGGGAGGUUUGCCUCCUGGCAUAACUGGAACAAAUGAAAGGUGUACAGUUCUUGUUGCAAAUCUCAAUCCUGAUAGAAUAGAUGAGGAUAAACUGUUCAACUUGUUCUCCAUUUAUGGGAACAUUGUCAGAAUUAAACUUCUCCGAAAUAAGCCAGAUCAUGCACUUAUCCAAAUGGGAGAUGGUUUCCAAGCUGAAUUGGCAGUACAUUUUCUGAAGGGAGCCAUGUUGUUUGGAAAGCGAUUGGAGGUCAACUAUUCGAAGCAUGCGAACAUAACCCAAGGUGCUGAUACACAUGAGUAUGUCAAUUCAAAUCUCAAUCGAUUCAAUCGUAAUGCUGCCAAGAACUAUCGGUACUGCUGCUCACCGACAAAAAUGGUCCACUUGUCCACCCUCCCGCAAGACAUAACUGAAGAGGAGGUUGUAAGCCUUUUGGAGGAGCAUGGAACCAUUGUCAACAGCAAGGUCUUUGAGAUGAAUGGAAAAAAACAGGCACUUGUUCAGUUUGAGACUGAGGAGCAGGCUACUGAAGCCCUUGUGUGCAAGCAUGCAAGUCCACUUUCUGGAUCAGUUGUUCGCAUCUCCUUUUCCCAGUUGCAGAAUAUAUGAGCAGACUUUGAUAAGGGCUGAAGGGAAACAGUUUUAUGGUUGUUACUUGAUAAUCUUAUUAGGGACAAGGAAUUCUGAAUUUGGGAAGGAUAAUUUUUAUGCAGAUAAUGUCACCUUCAUUGUCAUUGUAAUGGUCUCUUUGUUUGCUAAUUUACUGAUAAAACCUGCUCUACUUUUUUCUCUUUGAAUCAUUUAUCUUCUCAUCUCCAUUGCCUCUACUAGAGAUGUUUAGGUUUCUAACAUAAUGUUGUGGGGCAAGCUUUAUUAUUGCAGAUGGAUGUAGUCUUGAAGAAUAGAAAAGUGGGGAGGGAAGUUACUACCUUCUUCAGAGUUGAGGGAUUGCCUUAUGGUUUUUAUAAUGAUUGUUGUAUAUGUUCUAUAAUUCAGGCUAAGUAUGCCUUUCUGUAGUAUUCUCAAUCCAUUUCAAUUUUCUUGUCCAACUAAGUAAAAAUUCUACAUUUUUGUUUUUGGCGUAUU